AAACGUUGCAAUGGAAUCGAUUCGUGUCACACCUGUCAACAGUAAAUCAACGAGAAUCAACGCACUGCAAUAUAGAGUAUCAGCGCCUGAAAGAAAUUUCAAUGCUCUUAUGUCACCUGAAACAUGGCCAAAUAGUGUUAGAAUCCGUGAAUAUGUAUUCAAGUACCAGAAUAAGAAUGCAACAUCGAUGAACCAUUUUUUAGAGAAACGAACAAUGAGCCAACAACGCCAAGAUUCUAUUGUCAGCACGCAAGCCCCAAACGAUCAUUCAACGUCUCCAGCCUCCACGAUGUGUAUAAACGAGGAAAUGUCAGAAUCGGAAAUGGAUCCUGCGAAAGUGUCCGAACUGACCGAAUAAUGUCCAGCCAAGAUUUUAUUGACGCUACCACUCUCAGUGGUCUAAUUGACAACCAGGAUAAAUUCGUCACUGUUUUAUCACCUGUGCUACCCACCGAUUCGUUUGACACCUGUGACGUUAGUCCUGAACCAGGACCUGAGAAUUCAUCGACAACCGAUAACAGAUCGCGCAUAGUAAUCUGUCCACCUAUUAACCAUCAUGUGACUGAUACACUUCAUCAGCCGUCCGAACUUUCGCCGAAUGUUGUUUUAUCAACGAAUGCAUCGAAGCACCGUCGUCACACUUCAAUUUUGUAUCAGAAUGUCCGCGGUCUGCGCACGAAAACAAAGGAAUUCAAAUUGUCGUCGACCGGAUGCGAUCAUGACGCCCUAGCUUUGACUGAGACUGGCCUACAUCCUGGUAUUAACGACGAAGGCGUAUGGAAGCUCCGACGGGUCGACUGGGCCAACAUACUGCCUCCGGUUUCUGCUUCAGCGGCAACAUUGAGUUUAGUUUAACAUUUUGCCGCCUUAUGUAUUUUGAGUUGAUAUGACGCGACGUUAUUGUAUGUAUUCAUUGUCG